UUUCUCACGAUACCGAUACCGACACGACGCUUGAGAAUAGUUUUUUGUACAAAAAAGUCGUAAUUUAUUAGUAUUAAACCGAGCGCCUUGUCUUAUUCAAGUGUUUAAAGCAAAGUUCAUAUAAUGGGUCGUAAAAAGAAGAAGGCCUCCAAACCCUGGUGCUGGUACUGCAAUCGCGAGUUUGACGAUGAGAAAAUUCUCGUGCAGCAUCAGAAGGCGAAACACUUCAAGUGUCAUAUAUGCCACAAGAAGCUGUACACGGGUCCGGGCCUCUCCAUACAUUGCAUGCAGGUGCAUAAGGAAACUGUGGAUAAAGUGCCAAACUCGCUGCCCAAUCGCUCAAACAUUGAAAUUGAGAUAUUUGGCAUGGACGGCAUUCCAGCGGAGGAUUUGCGUGAUCAUGAGCGUCAGAAGAAUGGCGGCAAAUCCGACUCGGAUGAUGAUGAGCCGGCGGCCAAGAAGAAAGUUGAAUAUCCCAUGUCUGUGCCGCCGCCCAUGAUGAUGCCACCCAAUAUGAUGCCGCCACAUAUGUUGGGUCAGUAUGGCAUGGGCAUGAUGCAGCAUAUGCCGCCAUUGCCUCCAUACCCGAUGCCAAUGAUGCCGCACAUGAUGCCGCCGCGACCCAUAUUCCCAGCAGCAAUGGCAACCACCUCAGCGGCAGCUGCCGCAGCAGCCGUGCAUCAUCAUCAGCAACAACAGCAGCAGCAACAUGCCGCUGCCAUGGCCCAGCAGAAACCCACGUUUCCGGCAUACAGCAACGCCACCAUAAGUGCUCCACCAACCACCAAUAGUGCUGGUGUAGGCGGCGGGGCGGCGUCAAACGCUGCACCCGCGCUUGCACCCGAUCCACACAAUCAGGGACGCCCGCCAAAUGUGCCCAAUGCGAGCAGCAGUGGCGGCGGCGGUGGCAGCGUUGUAGCCGCAGUUAGCACAAAGAUAAUGCAUCCGGCGGAGGAUGCCAGCCUGGAGGAGUUGCGCGCACGACAGCCAAAGUAUCAGGCGCGUGUAGCUGCCGGAUUGGUUGCAGCCGCUGCAGCGCCCAAAAACAGCAGUCCAACCACGAAUAACAAUGGUAGUGGUGUUACUGGUAUUGUUGGCAUUGGUGGCAUCGGUGGUGGAAGCGGAGGCAGCGCUGCCUCAUCAAUGCCUUCAACGCCGCCACCGCCCUCACUGUCCGGCAUAUCGCCAACGGGCAGCUCUGCCGCCGCGAACGCAAUCGCUGUCAGCACGGCCAUCUCCAAGGCACAGGAAACCGCCGCCCUGGUGGCCGUGGCGCAGGCGCACGCGCACGCACAGGCUGCUCAGGUGGCACAGGUACAGGCCGCGCACGCGCACCACAUGCAGGCCCAGGUGCAGGCGGCUCAGGUGGCUCAAGCCGUCGCUGUGCACCAGCAUCAGCAGGCUCAGGCGCAGCAACAACAACAGCAGCAACAACAACAGCAGCAACAACAACAACAGCAGCAGCAGCAACACCAGCAGCAGCAGCAGCAACAACAACAGGCGGCCCAACAACAGCAGCAGCAACAGGUCAAGCAACUGGAAGAUCUCAAUCGUGCUGUGAUGCUGCAACAACUGCAGGUGGUGCGUCAAUCGGGCAAUCCUGGCGCAGCUGCAGCAGCGGCUGCUGCCGCUGCCGCGGGGCUGGGCAUGGUAAGUGUUAAACUGCGGCCAGAGCUCUGUACAGCGCUCGCUGCCAACAACGACAUCUUUUCCAAUUUGACUAAAAUCCUUGAAUGCUGUAUCUCUCAAUUUUCUCAAAGAAACAAAAAAGAACUACUUUUAACUUGUUCUCUAUAAGGGUGACAACUAUUAUGCCCAACCAUACAGAAUGUUCGGGUCUAGCCACUUUUGCUGUAGCGGCUCGUGUCGAUAUAUACCAUUUUUUUGACCGCCCCAGUGUAGAGCUCACCAUCAUCAUCAUCCCAGUUCAUUUGCAAUUCAUUUAGAUAUAGACGAGUCAUUAAAAUCUGAGCUUUAUACAAGGGUUGUAUACGAAUGAGAACUGAUCGACAAUUGUUAUCGUUAUAAAACCGUUUGCCUUUAAAGAUAACUCCAAUUACAUUUGACAUAAAUCGCUUUAUUAUUUAACAACUUUUAA